UCGUGCCCGACCUCUCGCCCGCGGAGGCUCCUCCUCGAUGGCCGCCCGCCGCUAUUCCCGGCUCUGUCGCCUUUUGGCGGGCCUCGGAGGGGCCGUCUUGCUCGUGCUGCUGAUCAGCCUGUACAAGGCGGGGUCUGAGGUGCAGGUGGGUUCGCAGAUGUUAAGUGAGUUGACUUUCUUCCCUCUCUGGAGAAGAGAGAAGCCACUCUACAAGCUUGAUGUAAACUGGCCUUUGAUUCCUUUUGCUGGUCAGACAUUUUGUGUUGCUGUGGAUGACGUCAAUGGAUUAGUAUACGUGGGACAGAGAGGUGAUGAAAAUGUGCCUAAGGUUGUAGUUUAUACUGAGGAUGGCUAUUUCUUACAAGCAUGGAAUACUUCCAUUGAAAUGCCUCAUGGUAUCUUUGUGCUGAACACACUCAAUGGAACUUCAGUGUGGAUCACAGAUGUUGGAACUGGCAAAUAUGGACACACAAUUAAACAGUAUAGUCCUUCAGGCAAACUUCUUCAAGUCAUAGGUACUGCAGGUAGAUCAGGUUCUGGUACAAAUCCCUUGCAGUUUGACCAGCCAGCAGAGAUUUUUGUGGAAGAAAGCGGGGACAUCUACAUUGUAGAUGGUGAUGGAGGAUUGAACAAUCGCUUGGUCAAAUUGACGCCAGACUUUAAGACUCUGUGGCUGCAUGGAGAAAAUGGUUCUGGCACUGCACAGUUCAAGAUCCCACACAGUGUAACGGUGGAUGCUUUCGGACGGGUAUGGGUUGCUGACAGAGCCAACUGGAGAAUCCAGGCUUUUCAGAAAACCACCGGGGAAUGGUUGGGCUGUUGGAAUAGCUGCUUUACACAAGAUGGCCCUUCUUCUGUCAGAUUAACUCCAGAUCAAAGGUAUAUGAUCGUCGCACAUAUAAAUAUUGACAGGGUGUCAAUCUUGGCUGCCCCACCAGUAGGAUCAAUUGAGGACUGUGUUGUGAUGGACACAAUUCAGCUUGCAAACGAAGUUAAGCCCCAUCUUGUGGAUGUCAGCAAGAAAACUGGAGCAAUUUAUGUAGCAGAAAUUGGAGCCCAGCAAGUACAGAAGUAUGUGCCUUUAUACUGACAGCAUCUUUCACACGGCACUAGGGACUUCCAGAAUAUUUCCUCUGUUGGAUUGCUGUUGGCUGUGUAACACAAGAACUUUUGGAUUAACUUUGUUCAUUUGAAGUGCACAUUUGUUUCACUUUCUGUGCCUAUCUCAGGGAUUUUAAGUGGUGGCAAUUUUUGUGUUAGCUGUUUUGUAUAGACUUGUUUGUUUGUUUUGUUUUUUA